CUAUAUUUCAAAUAAAAAUAUUAUGCUUCUGUUUGGUGAUCACUGCAUCAAUCAUUAAUUAUACAUGAUGUGUGCCUGAAAUACGGGUGCUAGUUCCCUUGUAUCCGAGUUCGGAUCUCCUUUCCCAUAUAGUACAGAUUUAAAUAUCGGUUUGUAAAAAAUACAAAAAUAAAAACAGAAAGAGAAGAAGAAGAAGCAAAGUUUCAGCUAAUUAUAAAAGUUUCAAAAAGUCAAUCCCUAAUGACUAACCGCAAGCUAUUCAAUGAUAAUGAUACACUAUAAAAUAUGCAUCCCUCCCUCCCUCCCUCCCUCACAAACAUAUCACAAGAGAUAUCAGUGGGAACACUAACGCAAAAGGCGAUGAUGGCAUCUGGAUGUAAAGGUAAGGAUUCAUGGCCUGAGCUGGUGGGAGCCGAGGGGAAAGUUGCCAAGGCAACAAUUGAGAGGGAGAAUCCUUUAGUCACUGCUCUGAUUCUGCAUCUAGGAGCACCUAUUACCCAAGAUCUCCGAUUUGAUAGGGUUCGUGUUUGGGUUAAUACAAAUGGCAUCGUUACUUGGAUCCCAGUAAUUGCAUAAUUUUAGACUGUUGGUAAAGGCUUCACGAUGUUUUUUUUAAAGUAAAAUAUAAAUCCCAAGUGUUAGAUUGAAUUUGAUUUUGAUCAAUGAAAUCAAAAUCCAAUCUAACACCUUAGUUUAGUAAAACCUAAAGUUGCCUAGCCCCAAGGCCAUGCCAUCAGUUUCUUUUUAUUUGUUCUUCUUUCUGUACAUCAUCAGCCGCAUCAAAAUAAAGCAAGCAGGCGUAGCUUGGAAAGCAAUUGGCUUUAGAUCACUAUAUAUUGUGUAUUCGACAAAAUUGACUUCUUUUCUUGACCUUCAACAAAUUUGACUUUGAAUAUGUUGUUA